GAAAAUGGAGAAGAUAGAAAAUGGAGAACCAGCGCAAAAAAUGGAUGGUUACACAACAAAAGAAGCCCUAUCUACGUUAUAUCAAGAAUUACAAGCAGAAGUGACUUUACAUCAAAAACUGGAGAGUAGAAAUAAGUUGAAAUAUUUAUCUGGUCUAGAUCAUAGAAAUGUGACAUCUACAUAUCACUGGACAUCGUUAUUGGCGAUCUCUAUAUCUAUUUGUCUACUUGGUAUUGCAUAUGCUUAUGACAAUGACAGUUCAUCAUUGUUAGAUGUGAACUGGUGGUUAGUUGAAGCUGUUGUAUUGUUCUUAUCGGUGGUUGUCAACAUUAUGUUUAUUAUAUCAGAUAAUAAUAAGAAUAGAUUUGAAUAUAUCCGACUACAUCAACUAGCUUUAGAUAGAAUAAAAGAAUAUGUUGACCAACAUCACUGGCAUAAUUCAAGUUAUCCUAAUCUUCAUUCUCCUAUAUCACCGUGUAUAUCUCUACAGUGGACUAUCAGAGAUGGUCAAAUUGUUAAUCUACCCUCGGUAUUAUUAGUAAAAGGAGAUAUUAUUCUAAUGAGAUGUGGUCAGAAUAGUCCUGGUAAAUGUAAACAGAUAGAUCCGACAGCCGAUGGUGAAGAUAUGAUAUUAUAUGGAGGGGAUGUAUAUAAUCCUCUAGAUGGUGAUAUACCAGAAUAUGUUACCAGUCCAAUUGGUAGAAAACCUGUAGAAACAACCAGAUUUCUAAUGUUAGAUACACCUUAUAUAGAAAAUCUUAGGUUAACAUUAGAAGAUAAAUCGAAGCAUCCUGAUAGUAUGAUAGAAAAUGAACGACAUCUUAUAUCUAGUAUAUGGUUACAGAGGAUUAUAAUACCUAUAACUAUGGUUAUAAUGUUAACGUGUAACAUAUUACGUUGGCAGUUUUUAGGAGUUCAUAUGGGUCAUUGGUCAGAAACUGUUUUAGUUUUAUUAGUUCAUGCUUGUUUACCAUUAUUACCUGUUGUAUUUCCGGUCAUGUGGUGUCUCUUGAAUGCCUAUGGACAAGCUAGAAUUCACGGAGCUUUUCAAGUUGCUAAAAAUAUAAAGCAAAAAUUAAGUGAUAGUUUUGACAGUACUAGUACUAUAUCAAUAGAAGAAGCCCGAGUAGAUUUACCGUGGGCAGAUGUAUUUAGUUGGUUUUUAUCUAUUAUAUUUAAUAAAGCACCUGUUGUUACCAGUAGAACCAAUAUACUAUUUACACUCGGCAGUGUUACAUCAUUUUGUUGUGUUGAUAAAAAGGGAAUUCUGUCAUGGCCAUCCCCAUCCCCGGAGAAAGUGUUUUUCUUGGCGCCUAAUCCUACAGUAAAAGAAGAAACAAAGGUGUCUGUUUAUAAUGAUUCUGUGUUUGAAGAUAUACCUGAAGAUGAAGAAAUAUCGGUAAAAAAGAUUUCAGACCAAAAACCUGCCAUUACAGGUAAUGUGAUAUCAUCUCAUAUUGAAGUUUUAGGUAUAUCACAAGAUCCUAAGAAUGUUUGUGUGUUGCAUUUUGAUGAUCCAAAUUGGAAAACCCACGUAAAUUCUUUAAAACCUUUGGGUUUGAAUAUAUUAUUAAACCUAUGUAAUGUUAAUACAGUUGAUUGGUAUGCUAAAUUCAGCGGACAUGUGGCUUGUUCAGCUCUCAAGAAGAAAGAAACGGUGGCUGUUAUCAACAGAAGAUGCCUGUGUUAUUUAGCAAGAGAAAUGGGUUUUACAUCAAAUGUUGUUGAGGGAUUUAUUCAUGAUAAAGUUCUAGGAAUGUACAGACAAGUUCCAGCAGAAGAAACAGCUAAAGAGAAGCAACAUCGAGCAGCAUCCCAUAUCCAGCAUCAGAUACCCAUGCCACAUCUUGUCUCUGUUGUUGUUAAAGAUAGAAUAUCAGGUUUGAGUCAAUUGAUGACACAAGGAACAGCUGAUAUAUUGUUAGAUUGUUGUUCAGAAUAUUGGAAUGGUCGAGAUUUAUGUCCAGUUACAGAAAAUGACAGGAAGAAGAUAUUAGACUUCUAUCAUCGUAAUACUCAAGGUGCUUAUUGUACGGCGUUUGCCUAUCGACCGAUAUCUCAGAAAAUAGCCUGUCAUUUAGAAGAAUUAUAUUUAGAAUUACCAGAAACUUCCAUGAAAGCAAAUACAUCUUUAAAAUUCCGAUCAACAGGUAUAUCUGAGUGUGAUUCCGGUACUGAAACAGAUUGUGUAUUUAGUGGUAAUAGAUCAUUUAGUGUUGAUUCGUUGAUGGAAAGUGAGAGUAUUAUAUCAGUUAAUACAGCUACUGAUUGUUACGACACCCAACAGAAUCAAAUCUUUAUUGGUAUGAUUACACUACAGUAUCAGGCUAGACAGGAUUUUGUUCAGUUGAUUGAUAAGUUGGAAUCAGCUUGUAUCAGAUUUGUUCACUUUUCUAAAGAGAAUGAAUUGAGAAGCCGGGUGUUUUCAGAGAAGAUGGGAUUAGAAGCUGGUUGGAACUGUCAUAUUUCCCUUCUGUCUAAUUCUAGCGAGAAACUAGACAGCAAUACAUCAGGUUCGGAUUACCAUACCGAUACACCACAAAAACCAUCACGUCGCACUAGUCAACAUUCCGUAGAUGGUAGUCACAUGAGAACCAGCGAUACCAAAUCGCCCAACGCACAAGAUUUAAAUCUCUUUCCUAACGCUCGAAGUUACAGUGCUCCUAGUUUGAUUAAUAUUGACUCGUCUCAGGUUAAAUUUCUCGAUCAACCAUCUGAUAUCGUGAGUAAAUCACCAUCAGGAACAAUAGCUUCGGAAUCACAUGAAAAAGAUGUUUUAUUAUAUGAUCGUGAAGAUUGGCAGUCGAGUGAUGAAGAAGAUGGAAACGAAUAUCAAUCGGACUCUAGAUAUACCUCGAGUUAUGUUACAGAAAAUACGGAGGAUAGUUUAACAGGUGCUCUGGAUAAUAGGGCGAAAUUACCAAGAGGUAUCGAGAAUAUUCGACCACAUUUAAAGAAUAUAGAUAAUGUUCCUUUAUUAGUUAAUUUAUUUACUGAUUGUACAGUAGAAACAACUAAAGAAAUGGUGAAGAUUAUGCAGGAGAACGGAGAAAUUGUGUUAUGUGUUGGUAGUGCUCUCAAUAUGCACAAUACACCAUUAUUUCUACAGGCUGAUUGCUGUUUAGCUGUGGAACCAAUACAUCCGACAUCGUGUACACAGCAACCUAUACCAUGUGAUCUGUGGUCUGAUGACGAACCAACACCAACACAAGUAGCAUGUGCUUUAAUCACCAUACCAUGUCCUCUGGCGUUUAAAAGUAAUGAAAAUUUUAGUUUGAUACAUCUUAUAGCCGAGGCACGUCAUCAUAUAUUUGGUAUGAGGAAUUGUUUUUAUCUGAUGUUAUGUUAUCAUUUAUCGUUAACAUUAUGUCAGGUAGUCGCUAGUAUAUUUUUAUUACCACCAAUAUUAUCAGCUCGACAUCUCAUGUGGUUGUUACUGGUCGUAACCCCGUUAUUAGGUUUUACUAUGAUGGGUAACCCUGUUGACCCCAGGAUAAUGAACCUAGCUACCAGGAAAAAUAUCAAUCAUAUUAAUUUAAAUAUGGUAUUACAGUUUUUAUUACAAUUUACUUUGAGAUUUGUACCAUCAAUGAUCAUCAGUUUGUUAUGUUUCACCAUGAUUUUAAACUCCUACUCAGAAAAUAUACUUGAUAUGUCAUUCAAUGUUUAUAAUUUUAAGAGUUUUGCCAGUAAUAAUACAAUAAAAACCUGGUAUGAUAAAUACUCCGGCGGUUUGGUCCUGGCACAAAAUAUCAUGUUCUUUCUACAAGUCCUUUAUUUUGCUUGUAUCUCAAUGUCUUUUGUACAUUGGACAGAUCAUCUGUGGAAGAAACCACCAUUUACCAAUAAAUUAUGGCUAGUUAUUACUCCAAGUCUGUUAUUAUUACAAGUGGUUGUAUGUUGUGUUGAUGUAUUGAUACACAAUCGUAAUGUUAAACAUCCUCUACCAUUAUCAGACGUUCAUCCUGCCGUUUGGGUUGUUGGAUUUAUCUGGGUAUUUGUUAUUAUUACCAUCAAUGAACUUGUUAAAAGACGAGAAAUCAAGCUGGCAGUACGACAUCAGAAAAGAGCAAGAUUAGAUUUUGAUACCAAACUAGGAAUGAAUUCACCAUUUUAAUUUCAUCAUAUGUGUAAAACUGUCUGUGUUAACUAGAGGUGUUCACCAUUUUGUGUUUUCAAAUUUAAUGCAAAUUGCUGAAUGUAACAAAAUUUGUGAUAUUAGAACCAAAGCUUUUUGCCUCCAUUUUAUCGAAAUCAUUCCAUCAUCAUUUUAUAUGUAUUUGUUAUUAUCACCUUUAUAAGAAAUAGUUUCAGGGGUGAAUUCAGGAUUUUCAAAUGAGAGUUGGGGAUGAAGGGUGAGAAGGGGGGUCAAAAAUAUUAAAGUGUUGUAGUGACAAUUGGUUAUCGUCACAAGUGCGAAAAGCACACAACAGGAGGUUGUGCUACCCCGAAACAUUUGGGAAAAUUUGUAGAUGCAAUUUCCGACUAUUUCAGGUCCAAAACCCCCUAAAUUUAGCUUGUGGGUCCCCACCCAACCCACCUGGAUCUGUGUCUCAGGUGUGUUGUUGUCAUUUUAAGAUAUAGUUGUUGUCAUUAUUUUAUUUUUACCUCCACCAGAAGGACUUGUCAGGAUAACAAUUUCAUUUCAAAACCAUUGUCAUCCUUAUGUUAUCUAAAUUAUUAAUUAGACAUUAAUUAUCUUAUCCAGACCAUAAUCAACUCUCGAUGUCAUUGCUAUCCUGCGAUAUUCAUUGAAUUGGGAUCCGAUUUGCUGCUCAACUUUCAUUCAUGAUUAAAUCAUGAAAUGGAUAAUCGAGACUAUGUUUUUUAUCGUACAAACUUUAAUAAUGAUGAUCGAGGCUAGGUCUAAAGUUCAAUCGCUAAUAUCUUGGUUGAAGUGGAGCAAUUUGACUGAAAUUUUCAGUAUUCAGAUAGAGAGAGAGAGAGAAAGAGAGAGAGAUUUAAGUCGACUCAACACAAACUAGGUCAUUUCGGGACUAACAUAUUGUUUAAUUUAAUUCAAUAAUUCACUUGCGGGUAAAGGUCUUUAGCAGUCAGAGGAAACCAGAGGACCUGGAGAAAACCCACAAGGUUGGACAGGCGACCCUACUCCUUGUCACAUACAACCGGGGAAUCGAAACUACACUAAUUGCCUCAAUGAAAUGAAAUGAAAUGGGGUUUAACGUCCUACUGUUCUGCUCCGAACUGGCCUAAUGAAGACGAGCUUACACCAUACAGUGUGCAAUGAGGGAAAUUUCGACUUCAAGCUUCCAUAUGGAUCUUUGAUGCAAUGCGCACUUACCAUUCGGCCAUCCAACCCUUGAUUAGAUGAAGUGCUGACAGUUCUCGCUAUAAUAGGUAAAUAACAAAUAAUUUAACAGGAUUAUUCCGAAAAUUUCAGCCAAAUUACCUCAGUGUAAGCCGACAAAUAACCAUUUUAAUAAACUUGUAGCUUUUACUCUCACUGUUGUGGUUCUGACGAAAAUUUAAAAAAAAGUCUUUAUUAUCCAUUUUUUAGUUUAAUCAUCAAUGGCUGUUGAACUGUAGAUCAGAUUCAAUUCUAACGAAAACCGGAAGCGUCAUAUGGCAUCAAGCGUUGGUUAUGGUCUUGUCAUGUUAAUAAAAGUCUAAUUAAUAGUUAAUAUAACAUCUGAAGCCUAAGCAAAGACUUGCAAUGGGCAAAUUUAGCUCUUGCAUAAUGUAUGUUUAACCGAAGGACUUCUCCACAUAACAAUUUCAUUUCAAAAUAACUCAUGUUAUUUAUUUUAAACCAUAUGCAACAUAUAAUCUAAGUACUGUAUCAACUCUAAUGGUCUAGAGAGUUGAUCAGGGGCUUGUCAGGUGAAUAAAUGUCUAAAUAAUUGUUGAAGCCUAAAAAACCCCUGCAACAGGUAGAUUUACCUGUUACAUAAUGUAUGUUUAAAAACUGUCUAGCAUGUUGUAAGCUUGUUGAGGCUUUAUUCAAUCAUGUUUUCAUAUUUCUUGUAUUUCAUUAUAUUACUGAUCUUGGCUGAAUUACUGGAUCAUGAUCUUGUCUGGCUGAUUAAAACACAGAUCCUAUUUCGUUUUGUUUUUAAAGUUAAAAAAUUAAUUUUACUUGUCUUUUCUACACUAGGAUCUGGAAGAGUUGUUAUCAUUGACGUGUUCUGAAUAAUGUGAGCUAUUAGCCAAUGAAACAGUCUGUUACGGGGAGCUUUAGGCGUGUUUUGCACGGAACUGUGGGCAAUCCACUAUAAGCAUCAAUGUUGAUUGGUUGAUUAAUCAAAUGUCUGACGUCAUAGGGUCAAAAGCAGCUUGUAUGACCUCUAACGCGACAUGGCGCUACAACCGGUCAGAUCUUCAUGUUAUGUAGGCCAUCGAAAGUAUAAAAAAACGAAACGAACUAUAGAUCUGUAUUUUAUUCAGAUUGUAAUCUUAUCUGACUGAAUCAGUCUGUAAUAAUUGUCAGAUCUUGUCUGCUAAAUAAUAUAUAUAUAUAUUGUAAAUAAAAGACGAGAAAUGAAAUAA